AUGAACUCAGUAGCGGAUGGAACUAUCGACCGUCGGUCACUGGGAGUGGACAGUGGACUGACUAGUUUGUUUUCAGAUGUAGACAUUUUCUUGGCUGUGGGCCUGUGCCGUAGUUGGAUAAUAGAUGGUUUAGAAAUUGCUGAGGCUGGGCAUUUACUUUAUAAUAUCAAUUUUCCCGCCACUGCUUCUAGCCAAGCACUCGAGUUGUUAAACAGCACAAAGAAGUCUCGGGCUCAAUUAAAUGUGGAUGAUCUUGUAUCUGAUCCAAGAAAAUGCCCCCUAUCGAGUCAUAUGAUCCUUAUAUUAGAGAUGAUUAUAGAAAAUGACGCGGCUUAUUGUUUGCACAGCUACUUGUUCAAACCUGAUAGAGGGGGUCAAAGAGGAUUGCCAUCUCGUGGUCAUGAUGAAUCGAAAGAGUCUCUUAAUAAAGGAAAUCUAAUUGAGCUACUAAAUUGGUAUGCAUCUCGUCGUAAGAAAAUUAAUGAAGUACUAUUUAGUAAUGCUCCUGGAAAUGACCAAAUGACUUCACCAAGCAUCCAUAAAGAUUUGGUUAAUUGUUGUGCUGUAGAGACAACAAGGUCUAUGAUCAAUGAGAUGGGUAAUUCUUUCUUUUCAAUUUUGGUUGAUGAGUCUCGUGAUAAUUCUAUAAAAGAACAAAUGACAGUUGUUUUGAGGUUUGUUGACAAAAGUGGACAAGUAAAGGAGCGUUCGUUGGGCAUUUCCCACAUCGCUAAUACUUGUGCCCAAUCACUAAAGGAUGACAUUGAUGCAAUGUUUUCUACACAUGGGUUGAGCAUAUCUAGCCUGAAAGGUCAAGGUUACGAUGGAGCAAGCAAUAUAUCAGGUUAUUUCAAUGGCUUAAAAGCUUUAAUUUUAAGAGAAAACCCUUGUGCUAUGUUUGUUCAUUGCUUUGCUCACCAGCUUCAGUUAGCAGUUGUUUCUGUGGCACAUAGGAAUGUUAUGAUUAGUGAUUUAUUUAACAUGCUUGCAAUAAUUGUGAAUUUGAGGCUUAAUAUUGAGGAACUUUCUAGUGGAACUAGUCAGCUUCAAGAAAUGAGUUUGGCACGCCCAGGUGAUACUAGAUGGGGCUCACAUCUAAAAACAAUUACUCACUUUAUUAGUAUGUUUAAUGCGAUCAUAGAUGUUCUUGAGAAUAUAUCAAAAGACGACAUAAGUUUAGAGUAA